AUGUUGCGCUUCUGGAGCGGUCCUGAAUAUCCAGGGUCUAUCAAGUUGAAUUCUGGUACUUUCUUGCUCAAUCCAAUUGACACUGGGAGACCAAAUCCCCUGCAUCCCUCACUUAUUGUAGUCUUCGGAUGGUUGAAUGCUGAACCUCAGUAUUUGAAGAAAUAUAUCGAGCCCAUGCAAAAACUGUUUCCAACGUCAAGUAUCGUGGUCAUACGAUCGGACAAUUCGUUGUACUUCAAGCCAGAAUCGUCCCUCGAAACGACCCUCGCGCCCGUCGUGCAAAUGCUGCGGGGUGAACUGACUGGACCGACUCCAACCAGAGGUAUUCUCCUCCAUACGUUCUCAAAUGGAGGGGGCCUACAGGUCGUCAAGCUUCGCAGGGUCCUGUCGAGAAUAUCGAGUGCUUCGCCUACUGAAGACCCCUCGCCUCGCAUCCCGACAGGCCUUGUGUUGGACUCCACCCCCGCGUCCGAUCCCCUCCUGUCGUCCAUCAGCACGUGGGCGCCCGAGCACCCCGUCCUACACGCGCUCGCGGUGCCGCCCAUCGUCGCGCUCUACGCGGUGUUCAUCGCGACGAACGCGCUCUGCGGGCACCCGCCGAUCUUCCGCGAGCUCCGUGAGACGCUCAACACACCAGACCUGCUGCCGACUGUCACGCCGCGCACCGACGCUGCCGCGACGCCCCGGCUAUACAUCUAUUCGGACGGGGAUCGCGUCACGCCUGCGCACGAGGUCGAGGAGCACAUCCGAGAGGCGCGUGCGCGAGGAUUCGAUGUGGACGCAGAGGGAUUUGGCGCCACGCCGCAUGUGGCGCAUAUGCGUGCAGACCCAGAACGGUACUGGCGCGCGGUCGUCAGGCUCUGGACGAGGGUUGUGUCGGCAUCCCCUUGUUCCCCCGCGUUGGCAUCACUGUAG